AAACACAGAGUUUCAGAAAGCGGUUUCUCUCUCAUCUCGUUUACAAGCCUACUAUACCUCUCUCUCUCUCUUUCUCUCUCUACAGCUUUCUCCAUUGAAGCUCUCAAACCCCAAACCCAAAAUCUAGGGUUUUGCAUUUACUUUUCUCUAGUUUUCCCAUCUUGGAAGACUCUUCUCCCCUCAAAUGUAUUUGUUCAAGCUCAAGCUUAGCUCAAAGCCUCACCUCAAAUCUGGAUUUGGAUCUUUCUUUGAUUGAAAGAAGUGGAGCCGUUAGACCACAAAACAAAGAAUUUAUACUUAUGUCAUCAAAGAGAAGUUUGGACUACACUCUUCCAGAGUAUUCGUAUCUCAGGAUUCCUUAAGUAUAUAUCUUCCAAUUCCACAUUUAAACAACCUAUCGAAGUGAGUCUUCAUAAUAAUGGGUUCAUUUCCCGGUAAUUCUGAAAUUGUUGAAGCUGAUGAGGAGCCGAGUUCAAGUCAACACACCAAAGGAAUAUAUCUACCGAAUUCUGGAUUUAGUGCAAGAGACAAAGAUCUGAAGCUUCCUGUUCUAAAAUUUGGAUACAAGGAUUCUCUUGAAGAUGAUAUUAACAAACUCUUCGAUGCUAUCAAUCUUAAAACUUCCAAAGGUUUGGGUCUUUCAAACACAGCAGGAUCUAGCCCUCUGAAUAAGAAUGCCUCAAAGAAGCCAAUUACUAUGGGUGUGCCUCGUUCCCCAGGAUAUGGGAAUUCUGAGCCAGUGACUUUGAAACAAGCACUAAGGGAGCUUUCCCUUACUAAAGCAUCAGAAAUGGCUGCUAUGAAACGGUUGUCAAAGAUGACUGGCUCAACUGGAACCUCUGAAGCUGGAAGGAUCAAGACAUUGUACAAUUCGGUUGUCCUUGAAUCGGGCAAAUCCAGUCCUCGGUUUGGUGAAGGUCGGGGAAAUAUGGUUGAGAUAUCUCUUGUGCCAGAAGAAAGCAUAUCAAAUGCUUUAGAGAAAACUGCAGACCAUUUUCAAAUGUCGAAGAUGAAGUCUCCAAACAUGAGUGUUGAUUCUUCUCCUCGCUUUGCAGCAAUACAGAAUAUUGGGAGUGCCGCAGUAUCAAAUGAAAGUGUUUCCACACCAAGGCAAGUUGGAAUUCAGUUAAUUAAGUCGAAGUUGGUGCAGAAGGAGAAGCCUACAUCAGAACAUUCUCCAUCUUGUUCCGAUUGUGGUGUCGACAGUUCAGAAUUGGGGAAAAAUGUUUCUGCCGCAACUCAAAAUAUUGCUGGGGCUACGUCAACACAAAAUGAAAGUAUCUACAUAUCAAAGAAUGUUGGGGUUCAAACAAUUAAGUCAGCGCUAAUGGAAAAUGAGGACCACACGUCUGAACCUUCUCCAUCUUCAUCCCAUCAUGAUGACAAAAGUUUGGAUUCGGUUGAAAAAGUUCCUGAGUCAACUAAGUUAAGAAAUAAGCCAUCAGCGCAAAAGGCAGGGCAGAAAGUCAGGUUACAUAAUGUAUCUUCUUCAUCUAGCACAGUCAGUGUGAACAGAGUAAGCAAGUUAUCUAGAAAUAAUGCACGUUUGGUGAAACCAGUCAGCAGAAGCAAGAAUGUAACCAAGAAGAAAAUUAAGCAGGAUUUAAGUUCUCCUGCAAGUGCAUCUAGUGGAUUUAAUGAGUCAGAUUCAAAGUCCGAUCCUUUAUCAGGCCAGCUGGUUUGCGAGAGAUGUCACUGUACCAUGAAGAAUGCAAGUAAAAUGUCCAGUCAAGUAUCCUUGUCACCUCAAUCUGCUAGUUUUAAUUCUGAGGUAAAUUCUACUUCUGUGAACUCCAAUGCAAAUAAACCAGGCUUUACUUCUGAUAGCCGUGUUAAAAGUGGAACUGGAAUCAUUAAAGCAAAAAAGAACUCUAAAGCAAGAGAAAUUGGCGAGUUCUCACAAAGCAGCCAAGGGGAGUAUAGUAGUAGUACAACCAUGAGUGACGAGAGUAUUCUUAGUGGGUCAAGUUGUGGCAACAGGCCUCACAUGUCAAAGGAUGUGAGGUGGGAAGCAGUCCGUCAUGCUGUGAUGCAGGAUGGAGCCUUGGGCUUGAAUCAAUUCAAUCUUAUAAAGAAGCUUGGUUGUGGAGACAUCGGUACAGUUUAUCUUGCAGAGCUAAUUGGUACCAAUUGUCUAUUUGCGAUAAAGGUAAUGGACAAUGAGUUUCUGGCGAGGCGGAAGAAGAUGCCCAGGGCUCAAACUGAGCGAGAAAUACUGAGGAUGCUGGAUCAUCCCUUUCUCCCGACACUAUAUGCUCAGUUUACAUCAGAUAAUCUAUCAUGUUUAGUUAUGGAGUACUGCCCUGGUGGAGAUCUGCAUGUCCUUCGGCAGAAGCAGCCUGGUAGAAACUAUUCUGAAGCAGCAGCAAGGUUUUAUGUCGCUGAAGUUCUACUUGCUUUGGAGUAUUUACACAUGCUUGGAGUUGUUUACCGGGAUCUAAAACCAGAGAAUGUUCUUGUUAGGGAGGAUGGUCACAUUAUGCUCACAGAUUUUGAUCUGUCGCUUCGUUGCACCGUCAGUCCAACACUAUUAAAAUCUUCUUCCGAUGUUGAUCCAGUAAGGAUUUCAGGUCCUUGUACAGAUUCUAGCUGUGUUAAUCCUUUCUGCAUCGAACCGACCUGUCAAGUCCCAUGCUUUAGUCCAAGGUUUCUUCCUGCCAGUGCAAAAGCAAGAAAGGCCAAGAUUGACCAUGCAGCCCUGGUCAGAUCAUUGCCACAGCUUGUGGCUGAACCUACGGAUGCCCGGUCCAAUUCAUUUGUAGGGACCCAUGAGUACUUGGCUCCUGAGAUUAUCAAAGGAGAGGGUCAUGGAGCAGCAGUUGAUUGGUGGACCUUUGGAAUAUUUCUUUACGAGCUUCUCUACGGUAAGACACCUUUCAAAGGUUCCAACAAUGAAGAAACAUUAGCCAAUGUGGUGUUGCAAACCCUCAAGUUUCCAGACACCUCCAUCGUUAGUUUUCAGGCAAUGGAUCUCAUCAAACGGUUGUUGGUUAAGGAGCCCGAGUAUCGGUUUGGAUCGGAGAAAGGAGCUGCAGAGAUUAAGCAGCAUCCUUUCUUUGAGGGCCUGAACUGGGCAUUAAUUCGAUGUGCCGUUCCACCAGAAAUCCCAGAGUUUCCAGAUUUUGAAAUCCCAUGCUUAGCACCUCCAGAAACAGAGAGCAAGUAUUUGGAGUGCAAAGCCACGGGAGAGCUUCUGGAGUUUGAGUUGUUUUAGAGAGAAGAAAGAAAGAAAGUCAAAGUCAUGUGUAUGUUAUAGCUCGAUUGCAGCAGGUGGCUGUUUAUUCCAAUGUUGUAAAUUAUGUGAUGUAAAUGUGGUAGUUUACACUAUGGGGGAUAAAGCUUAGAUUGUCAAUCGAGAGGCUUAGAGAAUAUUCAGAGAUUAGUCCCAAAUUCCAAUAUUCUAUACAAGAAUUUAGAUCUCA